ACCAACGGUUCGUCAUGAAGUAGAUCACGUUUUCUAAAAAUAAAAAUGAGACUCUCGCGGCGAAGGUUUAUAUAUAUUUUUGCUAUUAUAAUUUUGAUUAUAAUCGCUGUCAAACUUCUUUAUCAAAAAAAAUAUGGCGGCGCAACGAGUACCACUGCAACAAAUUUUUUGCUUAAUCAGAGGUUCGAAACGUGGAUAGAAACGUACUUGAGCAACGAAUCUGCCAAUUUGGGUGAUUUCGGCGAAGCUGCUUACCUAUCUGACAGCGAAAAACAGAACGGCUCACUGGUUUACUCGAAAAGAGCAGUGAACGUAGUUUUGUCGAACAAGAUACCGCUGCAAAGAAGAAUCCGCGACAUGCGCGACCCUCUAUGCAAAAGCGUGACUUAUGACACUAAGUUGCCAACUACAAGUGUAGUGAUAAUAUUUCACAACGAAGCCUGGAGCGUACUACUCCGCACGGUGUACAGCGUCUUGCAGGAGUCGCCGCCCAAGUUUUUGAAAGAAAUCAUCCUCGUGGACGACAACAGCAACGAAGAAGAGCUCGAGGAUAUACUGGCGUAUUACAUCGAAACGCGUUUACCGAAAAAAGUCAAAUUACUGCGUCUGCCUAAGCGACAAGGCCUCAUACGAGCUCGUCUGGCAGGUGCGCAGCAGGCGACUGGCGACGUUCUGGUGUUCCUCGAUGCCCACUGCGAAGUGACCAAAGGAUGGCUGUCGCCGUUGCUUCACAGAAUAAAGGCGAGACCGAACGCCGUGUUGAUCCCCGUGAUAGACGUCAUAGACGCCAAGACGUUGGAGUAUAAGCUGGCGGCGAGGGGCUCGCAUAUGCCCAUCGGAGGAUUCAAGUGGACCGGAGAUUUUACCUGGAUAAAUAUGGAGGAUUCGCCUAAGCGGACGACGGCUUCGCCGAUUGACCCCAUUAACACGCCUACUAUGGCGGGAGGACUUUUCGCCAUAGACAGGAAGUACUUUUGGGUUAUAGGAAGCUACGACGAGCUUAUGGACGGCUGGGGUGGGGAGAAUCUGGAGAUGUCGUUUAGAAUAUGGCAGUGCGGAGGAAGCAUCGAGAUCGUGCCUUGUUCCAGGGUGGGUCAUAUUUUCAGGGACUUCUUCCCCUACGAGUUUCCAAGCAGUAGGGACACUUAUCUAAUCAACACCGCGCGGGCGGCGCACGUUUGGAUGGACGAUUACAAGAGACUGUUUUUCCUGCACCACAAGAACAUGGAGGGCAAUACCAAAGAAAUCGGCGACUUAACGGCUCGCAAGAAGUUGCGCGAAAGACUGCAGUGUGCAAGUUUCAAGUGGUACCUCCAGAACGUGUAUCCGGAAAAGUUUAUUCCAGACGAGAACGUGCUAGCUUACGGCCGAGCUCGUUCGCCUCGUCGAAAUUUGUGCCUCGACAGUAUCACGAGCAACGAUGAACAUCCGUUUUUCUUAGCGGUGAAUAUUUGUCAGGAUGAUCUCACGCCUGAACAGUAUUUUUCUGUAGACGAAUUCGGUCAGUUGAGAAAGGAAAACGUGUGCGCCACUAUUGUUAAGGACAGUUUUAUGGUGCAGAUGGUCUCCUGCAAUAAGCACGUCGAGCCGAAGAAGUGGAGAUUAACGAAGUACGGACAAAUCAUGCACGUUCAAAGCGGCCUCUGCCUCGACGCCAGUGGGCUGAAGAGCAGCCAAAAAAUCCUAGCUAGAACUUGUUCCAAAAACACGCCGGAUCAACAGUGGAAAUUCGAUCACUACGUCUGAAACAAUACCAUAACGCCUAGAUAACCUCUUAACUAAUUUUUAAUAAAAAGAAUUUAACUAUUUUUCUACAACAAUCAAA